AUGCCUACUCUUGUCGGAAUCAACGGCUUUGGCCGUAUCGGACGUAUCGUCUUCCGUAAUGCUGUCGAGCACGACGAUGUCCACGUCGUGGCUGUCAACGAUCCCUUCAUCGACCCCAAGUACGCCGCAUACAUGCUCAAGUAUGACAGCACACACGGUCUCUUCAAGGGUACCAUCGAGGUCAAGGAAGACUCUUUGGUCGUCAAUGGCAAGACCGUCAAGUUCUACAUGAAGAAGGACCCCGCCGAAAUCCCAUGGUCCGAGACUGGUGCAUACUACAUCGUUGAGUCCACCGGUGUUUUCACCACAACCGAGAAGGCAUCUGCCCACUUGAAGGGUGGUGCGAAGAAGGUCGUCAUCUCCGCCCCAUCCGCCGAUGCUCCUAUGUUCGUCAUGGGUGUCAACAACAAGGAGUACAAGUCCGACAUUCCCGUCAUCUCCAACGCUUCUUGCACAACCAACUGCCUGGCACCCCUUGCCAAGGUUAUCAACGACAAGUUCGGCAUGAAGGAAGGUCUCAUGACCACCAUCCACUCAUACACUGCCACCCAGAAGACCGUUGACGGACCCUCUGGCAAGGAUUGGCGAGGUGGUCGUGCUGCUGCCCAGAACAUCAUUCCCAGCAGCACCGGUGCGGCCAAGGCCGUCGGCAAGGUCAUCCCAUCUCUCAACGGCAAGCUCACCGGCAUGUCCAUGCGUGUACCCACCUCCAACGUUUCCGUGGUCGACCUUACCUGCGUUCUCGAGAAGCCCGCCAGCUACGACGAGAUCAAGAAGGCCAUGAAGGAGGCUUCUGAGGGCGAGCUCAAGGGUAUUCUCGGCUACUCCGAAGACGAGAUCGUCUCAAGCGACUUGAACGGUGACACUCACUCUUCCAUCUUCGAUGUCAAGGCCGGUAUCGCCCUCAACGACCACUUCGUCAAGCUUGUUUCCUGGUACGACAACGAGUGGGGUUAUUCCCGACGUGUUCUGGACCUUUUGGUCUACAUUGCUAAGGUUGACGGAAACGCGUAA